GGCAGUUCUUUGCAGCCGUGCUACCAAUGGCAAUGGGCUCCCCAAAGCUCAUUCCAGCCGCUCUUCUCCCAGCUCUGCUGGCCCUCCAUGCCCCAAUGGCCACAGCAGCAAACUCCAACCUCUUCCGCGAGUACAUCGGCGCCAUCUUCAACGGUGUUCAGCUCAGCGACGUGCCCAUCAACCCGAAUGUUCAGUUCGACUUCAUCCUCGCCUUCGCCAUCGACUACACCGCCACGGAUCCUCCAAAUCCGACCAACGGCCAGUUCAACAUCUUCUGGCAGGAAUCGGUCCUCACGCCCUCUGCAGUUGCAGCCAUCAAGCAGAGCAACCCCAACGUGAGGGUCGCCGUCAGCCUCGGCGGCGCCACCGUGAGGAGCAGCCCGGUGUUCUUCAACAUCACCUCCGUCGACUCGUGGGUCCAGAACGCCGUCGCCUCCCUGACCGGCAUGAUCCAGCAGUACGACCUGGACGGCAUCGACAUCGACUACGAGCAGUUCCAGGCCGACCCGGCCACCUUCGCCGAGUGCGUCGGCCGCCUGGUGGCGACGCUCAAGAGCAACGGGGUGAUCAGGUUCGCGUCGAUCGCGCCGUUCGACGACGCCGAGGUGCAGAGCCACUACCAGGCACUGUGGGCGAGCUACGGGAGCGUGAUCGACUACAUCAACUUCCAGUUCUACGCGUACGACUCGAGCACAACUGCAGAUCAGUAUGUGAACCACUUCAACGACCAGAUCGCCAACUACCCUGGAGGCAACAUCCUAGCCAGCUUCAGCACGGAGCCGACGGCAACCUCGGUGCCAAUUGAUACGGCGCUUAGUGCCUGCCAGGUUCUGCAGUCACAGGGAAAGCUCUACGGCAUCUUCAUCUGGGUUGCAGAUUACUCUAACAGACAAGGGUUCAAGUACGAAACGCAAGCACAAGCACUGUUGGCCAAUGCCACCAGCCAGUAGCUAGCUUCACUGUUUUGCAGCCAAGAGCUUCCUUCAAGACUUCAGCUGCAGUAGUUUGGAAUAAAAUGUCUAGCUUCAAAAUCUCAAUUGUAACGCAGCUCUUCUUCUGACGUUAAGAUAGUGGAUGUUCACAUUCUGCAAGAAUUUGUGUAUACUGACAGAUCGCUGCUCUAAUAAAUUCCUUUCUUUUC